AUGAACAAAUCAGUGUCAACGGGCCCUAGACCUACCAAGGCCUGUGUCAAUUGCCGGCGAUUGAAGGCAUCCCAUUUACAUGAAUUGGCUGAUCUACAUGACCAUACACCUAAUUCCGUACCGAUCAUCCCGGGUCACCAAUCAAUCUUGGAUCGCUUGGCCAGGAUCGAAGCUUCACUGGGCAUUGGGGAGAUAGAAGAUGAUCAUUCUGGCGAAAUUGAUGUUGAAGAGCCAUCAGACCAGACUCCUGGAGUGUACCGUGCAAUCGCACGUCUGCGAUUGAUUACUCGUCCAGCCCCAGAUGAAGUGGUUUGGUCUCGACCAGUUGUCGAACAGCUGUGGAACUCCUUCUUGAGCAAUCUUCCACUUCUUCAUUUUCUGACAGAUCGCAGCGCAUUUGCCUCUCCUACCCCUUUGUUGUUAGCCUCUGUGCUUUACAUAGCUGCUUUACAUCAUCCAUCCUCGGAUCAGGCGUCUUUGAUCACUGGAUAUUUUGCCGCUACUUGCUGCGCCAUUUCUGAGCUGGUAACACCGGCUUUAUAUCAUACUCCAGUACGAAGUGCCCCGGGAUGGGGUAGAGAACAGCAUGACUCCCGACAGUCCAAACGAGAGAACGCAUUUCGCAAUAUUCUCGGGCUAAUCAUGGCGAGUUUGAGCUCCGAGGCUUAUAUCGAUGCUACUGGGUCAUGGAUUGCAAUGGCAUACCGCAUCUGGCUUGACCAUUGUCCCGUCGAUUUGACUAACACUACACAGGAUUGGCGUGGUCUUUUUUCGGGGUUACAGGUAAUUGAUAUUGAACAUGCUUCAAUGCAUAUGUCGUACCCUCUGCUUCCCCGGCAUGCCCCCGCACCAGGUAUCCAAAGGCUGGAUAGUCAGCAAGGAAAUGCAUUCCAGGGCCUCGCUGAAAUGAUGCAUUUUGGCUUAAGUCAUUUCGUCGGACGGGGACUGCCAACUAUAUGGUCAUCAAUCGGUGCAGAUUGUACAGAAAUAGCCUCCGAAGCGCGAAGUCCCUUCACCCCAAAUGACCUGCAGAUAAUCAGGCACUGGGCUCGGAAAUUAGAUGACUGGUUGGUUCUCUACAAUGGCACAUCUCAACCCAGUCCAUCGGAUCGGCAGGGAAUACUUCUCUUGCUGCAAUAUCAUCUCCAUAAACUCUACGUCCUUUCAAUAUAUCACCCUGCUCGCGGAUUCGAUCUAAGUCCUGCAAAUAUAAGUGCGACAGAAAGACACGAGUUGCUUGUCUCAGCAAGAGCGGUAUUGCGAUUAAGGCGAGAUGAUGCUAGUAUAUGGUCUAACUGGGACCUAGUUAUGAUUACCUGGGCAGCAAUAUUACUCCUCCAAGGCGUUGAAGAUGGAAUGACCCACCAAGAUGACCUCUAUCUUAUCCAAGCCCAUCUUCAAAGUCUGGAAAGACACAACCAGUCGGUACCUACCAUCCAUGCAUUGUUGUUCCAGCGUCUCGAAUCAAAUAUGCAAGCUAUGCACACCCCUCCAGAUACAAGCUCAGCGCUGGUAUUCCCAGGACCUGGAUCGGGUGAUUCAUGGACGAUAUUCGAUCAGGAGAUCAUGUCCCUGGCUAACCCAGCAUGGUUAUUUGAGGGAUCUACACAGUUUCAGCAGUCUCAGACCCCCUUUACGGCGCCGCAAUUGCAGAAUACUUUGCCGUCUGCUGGAGGUCCUAUAAUUCCUGUGUCUGCACCCGCUACAGAGUAA